GUUGGGUGGAGGCUCGGGAUUGCCAGUGUUCCAUUACGAUCACCAUUGAAGACAAAAGAGAAAGUUAAAGGAAAGAUAAAGGAUGCAGAAUACGGUUGAAUUUUGGCUCUACUCCGACCGAUUUCACUCGUCGGAGUCCCAGUUUUGGCUGUCAUUCGAAGGAACCCAACAAACAAGCAUUGUGAAUACCGAAUUGAAUCGAAUUCAAUUGGCAUUCAAUUCAAUAAUGACAGAGGCAGGAGUUCGGUUGUUUAAAGCGCUUUUGCAUUUAGUAGCCAUCUCUGUAUCUGAUGUCCUUACCUUUCAUCCGUCUCCAGUUUCAUUUAAUCAUUUUAAUGGGAAACAGCUUGUCCUCCACUGUCGUAGGAUUCCAGGUCUGUGCUUUGACUUUGAAUACAAAUUUGCACUGUGCCGUAAGGAAAUGAAAGAUUAAAAAGUAAAAAGGAAACCCCAGAAAGAAAGUAUACUCAUUGGGACCUUGGAUUCUUGGUUAGGAAGAUAAGUUAGAUGGCUUUCUUUCUUUUGAGAGAAUUGGAGAAUGCACGGUGGAGUUGAUGUUUUGUGGGCUCGCUCGAUGACUUUUCUUGGCCUAAAGGUUUUACUUUUCUUUUUGUUGAUGUUUGCUCUCAUCGCAUUACCUCUCCUUCAUGAUGCUCCUUUCUUCAGGUGGAAUGAGCCAGCAUGAGAGCAAAGGCCUGGAUUGACGAACAAAUUUUUGGCCUCAAGAGUAAGUUCAGGAAGAUGAUAAAUUGUAUUCGUUCAGGGGAUCAGUUAAGAGAUGAAAUGAUUCAUUCAUCAGAUUCUCUGGCAACUCGAGACUAUUCAGCUAGUGGUUUUUCAUCCCGAACGGGUGAGGUGGAACCAAAGGUGGAUAAUGGCAACAUUGAAGAAGCUGAAUCAUCUCUUCGUGAGAGUGGCUAUUUGAAUUAUGAGGAAGCACGUGCCUUACUUGGAAGGCUGGAGUAUCAAAAGGGUAACAUAGAAGCUGCUCUUCAUGUUUUUGAAGGAAUAGAUAUUGCUGCUGUAAUUUCCAGGAUAAAAGCUUCUAUUUCAACAAGAUAUGAACAAAAUAGGCGCCAAUCACAAAGUGAUGUUGUGCCUACUAUGUCCAUGCAUGCCAUUAGUUUACUUCUUGAAGCUAUUUUUCUGAAAGCAAAAUCAUUGCAGGGUUUAGGAAGGUUUGUAGAGGCGGCGAAAUCAUGCAAACUAAUUUUAGACACUGUUGAAUCGGCAUUACCAGAAGGCUUACCAGAAAACUUUGCUAUUGAUUGUAAAUUGCAAGAGACACUAACGAAGGCUGUUUACUUACUUCCAGAAUUGUGGAAAUCUGCUGGUUCUCCAGAUGAAUCUAUCUUGUCAUAUAGGCGUGCUCUUCUCUAUCAAUGGAAUCUGGAAACGGAAACCAGAGCAAAAAUAGAAAAAGAGUUUGCAAUAUUCCUUCUCUAUAGUGGUUGUGAUGCAAGUCCUCCAACUCUUCGUUCACAGAUGGAAAGCUCGUUUGUGCCAAGAAAUAAUAUGGAAGAGGCAAUUCUUCUGUUAAUGGAUCUGAUGAGAAAAUAUAUACUUGGAUUGAUUGAAUGGGACCCGUCAAUACUAGAGCAUCUCUCAUUUGCAUUGUCUAUUUCAGGGGAAUUUGGAGCUCUAGCAAAUGAGGUUGAACAAUUGCCUCCUGGAAUUAUAGGACGAAAAGAAAAAUACUGCACCCUAGCACUUUGUUACUAUGGGGAAGGUAAAAGCUUAGUUGCAUUGAAUCUUUUGAAGAACUUCUUGAGUAACAUAGAGAACGUAGACUGCUUACUGGAAUUGUUGCUGGCUUCAAAGCUCUGUGGAGAAAAUUUGGUUUGUCUUGAUGAGGGGGUCACAUACACAUUGAGAGUGCUUUCAGAGCUGCAUGGUAAAUGCAUCCAGAUGACUUCUGUUGCUAAUUGCUUACUUGGUGUGUUAUUGUCAGCUAUGUCAAAAUCAGUUGCUUCGGAUUCUCAGAAAACAUUGAAGCAGUCUGAAGCACUUAAGGCGCUACAAACUGGUGAGCAACUGAUGAGACAAAGAGAUCCAUUCAUUGUUUAUCAUAUUUGUCUUGAGUAUGCUGAACAGAGGAAGCUGGAUAUUGCUUUAUACUAUGCAAAACAGCUAGUGAAACUCGAGGCAGGCUCUAGUCUGAAGUCUUACAUACUCUUGGCUAGAAUAUUGUCUGCCCAAAAACGGUUUGUGGAUGCGGAGACUGUUCUCAAUGCUGCUCUUGAGCAGACAGGGAAGUGGGAACAGGGGAAACUCUUACGAACUAAAGCUAAACUCCAGAUUGCGCAGGGCCAGUUGAAGAACGGUAUAGAAACAUAUAGUCAUCUUCUUGCUAUAAUUCAAGUCCAGACCAAAAGUAGUGGAAAGAUGCUUCCGAAGGAUGUGAGAAAAUCUGACAGAAGUCUGGAAGUAGAUACGUGGCAUGACUUGGCCAAUAUUUACACAAGCUUGUCUCAGUGGCGGGACGCGGAGAUCUGUCUGUCAAAAUUGGAGGCAAUCAAUCCGUAUUCUGCUUCCAAAUGGCAUUCCACAGGUUUACUCUACGAGUCAAAGGGUCUUCCGCGAGAUGCUCUGCAAGCAUACAACAAAGCAUUGGACAUUGAUCCCAGCCAUGUUCCCAGCUUGAUAUCCACUGCCUGUCUUCUCCAACAGUUAGGCGGCAGUCAGUCAUUUCCUGUAGUAAGAAGCUUGCUAACCGAUGCCCUUCGACUAGAUCGAGCAAAUCCAUCUGCGUGGUACAGUCUCGGGAUGCUAUAUAAAGCUGACGUUGGGGCAUCGGCACUGGAGGUUGCUGAAUGCUUUGAAGCUGCAACUCUGCUUGAAGAGUCAGCACCAGUUGAACCUUUCAGAUGAUGAACACUUGCUUUCUCGACAUAGAGAAGCAGUAUCCUAACUCUAAGGUUUUACUCAAGAUUUUCUUGCUUGCUGCAUUUUAUUUUUCAGGAUUAGGGAUGUAUUAGAUGAUUGUCACAAAGUAGUGUGUAAAUAAAAGAGCAGAAAUGUGUAAACAAAGUUUUCUAGCCAACCUUUUUUUGUUUUUCUUCACUUUCUUUUAUAGAGAUAUGAACAUUAAAAUUUAGUAGUUUGAUCUGUAAAGCGGAUUAGUGAAACAUUAUUCCCCAAGUUGGCCAGGUAAAUAGAAGUUCAAUUCAACUGUGGCACCAAA